ACGUUGAUCCAGACAUGGAGGAAUGUCUACAGCUGAUUGCCCAAAAUGCUACGGGUACUUUAAACGGAAAAGAUCGGUGCGUCUGCGAAAUCCUUCUACCCGACAGCUCCUUCCCGGCCAAGAGAGUUGGAAUACUGGAGCACGAGACUGUCCUUCUGAAUAACCGGGUGGAGGAUGGGAUGCACAGGAUCGAGGAACAGGACGUGAGGCUGGACAUGUAUUUGGAAAGACUUCUCAACCUGACCAAGAGGGUGGAUCAUUUGGAGAAGAUGCGCCCAGAGGAUCUCAUUGAGUUUAACUUUGAGUUGCUCAAGAAGGAAAUGCAGGAAAUGGAGAUACUUGUGAUGGAGCUGAGACACCAGCAGAACGGGAGCAAUUCAAACGUGGAGUCUCUCUACACAGAGGUCAAGAAUAUCUCCAAGAUCGUGGCCGAGUUAGAAAACCUGGACAAGAACAAUGUUCUGAAAACACAGAGGGACAUGGAGAAUCUGAAGAAACGGAUCCUGGAUUGCGAAAAGAACCUCAAGAACAUGAAGCCUCCGGUCACCAUACCUCUUGGAUCCUGUCAGCACCACGGGUUAGCUAACAUUGGCAAACCAAACCUUGUGCAGCUCAACUGGAAGGGAGCCACAUACAAGUCGGGAGCGUGGGGCAAAGACGCGGCUUGGAACACCACCAAGAAGAUGAUGUAUUGGGUUGCCCCACUAAGCGCUGAUGGUCGACUACUGGAGUCAGUGAGAAUCUACCCAACUCUUUCUGAUUUACAGAUGUACAGGAACCCAACUGACCUGCCUCUUUCAACACUUAAUAAGAACAAGUGGAAUUACACCAUCGCUGGUCAAGGCUCUGGAAUGGUCGUCUACAACAACAAUUUGUACUACAACUGCUACAACAGUCGGGAUUUGUGCAGAAUCAGCCUAACCAGUGGUUUCCACCAGCGUAAGUCCCUUCCAAAGGCCGUGUACAAUAACCGUUACUCCUAUUCUGGAGCCAGCUACCAAGAUAUCGACUACGCCUCUGACGAGAAGGGUCUGUGGGUUGUCUAUUCCACCGAGGAGAAUGCCGGCAACAUAGUGGUGGGUAAGGUCAACGUGGCCACGCUGACGGUCGAAAACAGCUGGGCCACUACCCAAUACAAACCAGGAGUAACCAACGCCUUCAUGAUUUGUGGGGUCCUCUACAUCACCCGCUCUGUGAACCCAAAGCAAGAGGAGGUCUUCUACAUGUUUGACACCAAAACAGGAAAAGAUGGUCGGAUCAGCAUCAUGUUCGAGAAGAUGGCAGAGAAGGUCCAAAGUCUCAAUUAUAAUCCUAAUGACCGCAAGCUUUACAUGUAUAACGACGCCUAUCAGGUUUCUUAUGAUGUUGCCAUGAAACCUUGAGAUCUCUUCUCUGUUUGUGGUUCCUCGAGAAUGGUCACUUCCACCCCCUUGCCCUGUGCUGAGCCAUAAUCAUCAGCCACCCCAACACGCGCCACCCCAAGGAGAACCGACACUCGCUUCCUGAUCCCAAAAUAUUUUACCCUUAAACAAAACAGCAAACCUUAUUGCAGAAAUACAGUCUGUUCCAAGAC